AUGCCGGCUUCCAAAGGAGACGGUUCACGUCAUUCCGUCAAAUACCAAUGCAUUGUCUGCGACGAGUUCAUAAGCUCGAAAGGUCUCUGCAAGCGACACUUGAACGAACAACAUGUCUCGUCAACACAGUACAGAUGCGAAGAAUGUGCUGAGACCUUUUUCGUCAAGACCGCGGCCAAAGAACACGUUCAAGGCUGCGGAAGGGCGGUUUGUUACAUCGUUUGCAAGCAGCAGGACAAGCGGACCUAUGCUUGCGAAUUCACUGGAAACCUUUUCACAUCAAUGUCAACGUACCUGGAGCAUCUUUUGAAACUGAGUGAGAAGGUCGGGAAAGAACGGCCAUCCGGCAACUCACUUCGCAAACUCCAAAGUCUCAUCGACCAACCGUGCCUGAAGCCGUACGUGGAAGAAAUCAGCCAGCGGCUUUACCACUCGCCUUCUGCUUGGCGCAGUCUACAGUGGGAUGGCGUCCAGCUUACCACCAUAAUCGAAGAGCUGGAGCACAUGGUCUGCCGGGAUGGAACCAUACAUUUCUCGGAGUUCCGGCGUCACAGCGUUCAAAGAUAUCUCGAGGAUAUGUUCGGCGACGGGACCUUGCCCCAAAAGCAGCCUCGAUUGUCGCAUGAGACAGUCCAAGGUACAGUAACUGCUCUUGCAAGCCCGAGUCGGGAUCGUCUGCCUGGCGCCCAAGAUCCAGAUUUCGCCAAUCACCUAGGAGUUGAUAGAGACGACUCAAAUGUUGCACUCCCUGUUGUUUACACAAUACUGGACUCUGGUUCUGACCGUAACUCCGACGCCGAAACUGAAUCUAGUCACGCGGAAUCAGUAUUCUCCACUCCCUCGAUUGCAUCCAGUAUCACUAGCACUGGAGCUGCUACUCCUUCCGAUGAGACGAUUCGCGUAUUCGUCAAGUCCUUGUUCUGCACAGAAGAGCUGUCUCCAGUCCACGCAGCUGCUGUCCAGGACUCCGCAAUCGGAAUAGAGAGACAUAAGAGGAACGUUCGACGCAUGAUAUCUAACUAUGGGACUGCUCUCAGACGCGAAAGCGAGACCAAAGCCCAUCGUGUCAUUGCAUCGCUGUUGCGAUCAAGACCAAUCUCUGAGCGGGCUGCUCGCGAGAUACUCGACCAAAGUUGCCCCGUACAAACGAUAAGGACCAUUGCAAAGGACCAUACUCUUUCUACGAAUGAAAGCCCAGCGACGCCUACAUCUGAAGACCACGACCAAGGAUACCAAAGUGACGAGUCCGUAUACUCCGACGACGAAGACGAAUCAGAUACAGGCUUCGAGACUGGAGAAUUACACAAAGUCAAGGACUUUUUGCGCAGAAGUCAAGCUUACUCACAAUUCAAGGCGCAACUCAUCGAUUUCGCUCAUCGACCAUACCAACAGCGCAUAUGGCGUUCACUAUUGACACGUUUUCCGAGCACUGACGGAAUGCUACCUCAGGGCGUGACUAAGGCAAAUGGUGGCGAGAUAUCUUGGGUGCCUACGAGGUUGUUCCAAUUCCUGAAUAGCGAGGAGUUGUCGAUUUUUGACCACUUGAAGGCCGGGGCAGAGGAUAUGAUGGGCGAGACUUGGGAUUGGCGGCCGUUGCAGCCUCGCAAGCACCCGGUGCCACUGGGCUUUGUGCGCAUGAAAUGGCGGACUUUCUCCAAGUUCGCUAUGCGCGGCGCACCUCUAGCUGUCGACUUCCCCCCCGACACCGAGAGCGACUAUGACUUCCACCGGCCGCUCAGGCUCCGACCUCCUUUCGGACCCAUCUGCAAAGACGAAUUCCGCGACCGCUUCUACACGUUCUGCGAGGACUGCUGCCACAGCUGGCAUCGUCAUCAAAUGCUCCGUUGGCCACCCGGUCUCCUGGACGAAGAGGCCGUCAAGUUCUUCCCCAAGCGCAAGAUGGCUUUGGAAAUGGAGGACGGCAAAAGAGAGUACUUCUGGGGAUUGCAGGUACGGGAGCGACGAUCUGGUACCGUGGUCUUCGCAUACAUAUGUUUCUUCAACCUGCCGGGCACUAUAUUCUUCUUUCUCUGGCUUUUUUACUGGGGCCAUGCUUCGGAUCUGCAGAAUGCUUCUGUGCCGCCUCUGGCAUCGCUGUCGAUGACACUAGGCUUUGUUGGGUGGUUGUUUCAGAACCGAGACGCCGUUACAAGAUGA